AAACAAACUGAAUCUGUUCCUGUUCGGGCUUGAAGAUGGCUGCUACCGGAGCCGCGUCUCCCGGCCGCCUGGUCCAGUAUGUGGUAGUCCGGUCGGACCUGGUCCACAAGCUGUCCUGGCCCCUGGGAGCUGUUAUAACUCAGGCCUGUCACGCGGCCACUGCAGCCAUUCACCUGCACUACGGCGACCCGGACACACAGCGGUACCUGGCGGAGCUGGACUCCAUGCAUAAAGUGGUGCUCGGGGCUCCGGAUGAGGCCGCUCUCUCCAGUCUCUCAGAGAAUCUGUCCCAGGCCGGAGUCGCCCACAAGCUUUGGAUCGAACAGCCUGAAAACAUCCCGACCUGCCUCGCCCUGAAGCCGUGUCCCAAAGAGACAGUCCAGCCGCUGCUGCGCAAGUUCAAACUCUUCAAAUGAGAGACUUUUUUCUCCGUCUAUGAACUGAAGCGUACAGAGAGUCAAAGUGAGAGAGGCCUUUCAGUAUCUAUUUAAGUUAGAAGAACAUCUGGAAGUUCGGCUCAGUGCAUCCAUACACCUGUAUCUGUGAAAUUAAAGUCAGACGAUGUAAAGAUGCCACCUCGUGCUUUUAACCUCAUUUGCUCUGAGCAGACAGUAAAUCACCCUUGUUUUAUACAGUUUAAAUAAAAUAAAUGUUAUCUAUCUUAUCCCCUGCCUCAAGUUCCCACCAUGGCAGCCCCGCCUGGAAACCACCUCUCACAUCAUCUUACGUUACAAUGGAUUGUACCACCUAAUCCUAAAAUUGAACUAAACUUAAGGAUGGAAAUAUAACCUGCUCUGUUGUGUUUUUCUGUCCUGACUCAUGAUUAAAGUUUGUUCAUGCUUGAAUUAUGUGAAGCCACA